UUACACAUUACCAUUGUACAGUGGGCACGGACCUAAUUCAUCAGUCCCAAUUUAGCUAUACUUGUGUAGUAGGAGUGUUGAACAGAUUACUUCUACAUUUCGUCAAAAAUAAUUUCUAAGUAUCAACCAUCCUAAAAUGUAUCGAUACCUAUGUUAACUUGAUUUAAAUUUCACAUCCCAAAGUCAAAUCGAAUUUAUAUUUGAUGGUUUCAUAGUUGACAAUUAGUGACAAUUGACAUAUCACUUGCCAAAAUAAUAGCGGUGUUUUUACAAUUUUCUUUACUAAAAAUUAAACAUCUUUAUAUACUGAUGUUUAUUUAUGGGUUAAUUUUGCAUUCCUAGUUCCAUUGGUAAAUUGAUUUAAAAUGUAUACUUACAAAAUAUUAUUCGGUGUAUUAUUAUUAAGUGGUGCACUAUGCGAAAAUAAAUACUCUCGGUCAGUUAACGAGAAAAAGAAGGAUGAGGUGAAUUUCAGGACCUUGGAGAAGCCAUUCAGGGAUGACAAGCUUAAUCUAUUGUGGGUAAAGGCGCAACAACGUCUAACAGAACCAAAGCUAAAGUCAUUGUACAGUGACCUCACAAUUCAAGACAAGGAGGAGAUCACUUACAAGAGGUUCAAGAGUGAGGGAGGGGACAAGGAGGGACUCAAAGAAGCUGAGCUGAGAAGGAAACUUACUAACAUUAUGUCUGUGUAUGGGUUACUUGAACACUUUGAUGAGAAAGCUCCUCCACGCCAAAAGGAUCACCCGGGUUUCAACUCAGCAAUGGAUGACCAUAUUAACAAGAGCAUAUUCAAGGAUAAGAAAUUAAAUCAAUUAUGGACUAAGGCUGAGACAUCAGGCUUUACUAGCGAGGAGUUGGCUGCUCUGAAGGAAGAGUUCCUGCAUCAUCAAGAUAAAAUAGACCAGUACUAUGAACUGUUAACUGACAUGGACAGUGCCAAAAAAGAGGGAUAUAAAAAUGCUAUCAAUGAAGAGGAAUUAGUCAAGUUCAACGAGAUAGACGAACAAACCAACGAGAUCACCAAAGACUAUCUCCACCAUGCUAACCUGGUGCGAGAGAAACACAGGGACCUCAGAGACGGAUAUGAUAAGUUGCAAAGAAUUACGGCUAAAGGGCCUAAUAAUAGAGAAUUCAUAGAGCCAAAGGUGCAAGGUCUAUGGCGCAUGGCGGUGCAAGCCAACUUUACAGUCGACGAAAUGGUAAUUCCCCAGGUGGAGCUCCAACACUACGAGUCGCGGUUGCUGAAGCUGCGUCAUUUGCAAGUCGAUCACGUAAGCAACCUUGAGAAACAUCGUAGCAAGGUGGCAGGCGCUGGCGAGAAGAUGAAUCACUUCGAAGACCAGGAGCAGUUGAUCAAGAAACAUUCCAGGAAGGUGGAGAAGAUGCAUGCAGACAUCGAGACCCGUAUACUGGGGCGGCACACUGAGUUGUGAUAGCCAACUGAUAUUAUUUAGUGUAUUUUAUUAUUACAUGUAAAUGUGUAUGUUGAUGUCCAUAAUAACUGGUAUAAGAAAUAAUAUAAAUUGCUGAAUUAAUACAGUAAUUUCCAUAAUUGGUCCUGUUUUUAAAUUUUAUAAUGCAAUAUCAUGAUUUUGACAUUUAGGUAUUAUUCCCCGUGUUUAUUGAUUACCUAUUUAAAUAUGUUUUUUACAUUCUAAAUAAUAAGGACAAUAAUUAUGAAUGUGGGCACUGUGGCGUUGUGAAUCUCUUAUGUGAAACAUUACAAAUAAAUAUUAUGGUUACUUUU